GGACCCCAGCUCACGAGCCGCAAUCCAUCCGCGCAACUAUCCCCUGCGCUGCUCUGCACGACUCUGGGGCGGGGGGCUGUGCCUGUCUGUCCUUCCUGUUUGCCCCUGCGUGCCUGCGUGCCUGCCUGCCCAGCCUUGCCUCUGCCGUGCCUGGCUCGGUUUGUGCUUGAUCACACCCGAGGGCAAGAGGGAGGAGUAGUAGGGCGACGGUGAUCGACACAAAGAGCUUUCUCGUGCUGGAUUUGGGCUGCCGUCCUUGCACCUUGGUCCUGUGGAGAGUGUUUCGGAGGGGAGUAUGAAGCCCGAAAUCAUGAGAACGAUCGAGUAAUAAAUGGGCAACACCUGUCUCGGGUCAAGCGUGGGUAAGAAUGGCUUUUUUCAGGGAGUGACACAUCCCAAUUCUUACACACCCUGGGGCCGCCAGAACUCCUUCACUUCGCAGGGAAACAGCGGCACCUCUCCUGCAAAUCGGCGCUCGAGCGAGCCGAACUCGGCCAUCCGCUCCAAGGAUCUGAACGAGAACAGCUCGUCGAAUCUGGUGUCGCAUCAGGAGUCCAGCUUCGAUACUCCCAUUUACCCCUUUGCCACCCAGCAUCGACCUCCUGUGGCCAAUCACAUCCCUCCCGGUGGUGCAGCCGCUCAGCCUGGCAAAGGUCCCCAAUCUGCUGCCAACCACAGGCCCAGCCACACCACUGUCACAGUUGCGGAUCCAGUCAACCCGGGCGACCCAAUGGCGAGGCGGGCCCAGCCUGUGAGUGUGGUUCCAGGGCAGAGCCUCACUCACUCUGUUCUGCAGAGGACGACAGAGCCCCUGAAAGAGCUUUUCACUCUGGGCCGCAAGCUGGGACAGGGCCAGUUCGGCACGACGUAUUUGUGCAUUGAGAAAUCCACAGGUAGAGAGUACGCUUGCAAGUCGAUCGCCAAGAGGAAGCUGAUCUCGCAGGAAGACGUGGAAGAUGUGAGGCGUGAGAUUCAGAUCAUGCACCACUUGUCGGGGCAUCCGAACAUUGUGAUGAUCAAGGGAGCCUACGAGGAUUCCUCCUCGGUUCAUCUGGUCAUGGAGCUCUGCGCAGGAGGAGAACUUUUUGAUCGAAUUAUCCAACGUGGGCAUUACAGUGAAGCCAAAGCAGCAGCGCUUACCAGAACUAUUGUAGGUGUAGUGCAGGCUUGUCACUCGCUCGGAGUCAUGCACCGUGAUUUGAAGCCUGAGAACUUUCUACUCGCCAACAGGCACGAAGAUGCUCCCCUGAAGGCCACGGAUUUCGGUCUUUCCGUGUUUUUUAAGCCAGAGGAGGUAUUCACCGAUGUUGUGGGAAGCCCUUACUACGUUGCUCCCGAGGUUUUACGUAAGCAUUACGGUCCUGAAGCAGAUGUAUGGAGUGCUGGUGUUAUACUCUACAUUCUUCUCAGUGGUGUACCACCAUUCUGGGCAGAAACGGAACAGGGUAUUUUUGAGCAGGUACUUCGUGGUGAUAUAGACUUCAUGUCAGACCCCUGGCCAACGAUUUCCGAGAGUGCAAAGGAUCUGAUCCGGAAGAUGCUGCACCCGAAUCCUGCUAAAAGAUUGAAAGCUCAUCAAGUCCUCAGUCAUCCUUGGAUCCAGGAGGAGGGUGUGGCGCCAGAUAGGCCAAUCGAUCCGGCUGUUCAAUCACGGUUGAAGCAGUUUUCAGCCAUGAACAAGUUAAAAAAGAUGGCAUUGCGGGUUAUCGCAGAAAGCCUUUCGGAAGAGGAGAUUGCUGGCUUGAAGGAGAUGUUUAAAAUGAUGGACACUGAUAACAGUGGAACUAUCACCUUCGAAGAGCUGAAGGCCGGGCUUAAGCGUGUGGGUUCCGACUUGAUGGAAUCCGAGAUCCAUGAGCUAAUGGAAGCUGCUGAUGUCGAUCGUGAUGGAGCGAUAGACUACGGAGAGUUUAUUGCUGCAACCAUCAACUUAAACAAGAUCGAGCGGGAAGAGAAUUUGUUUGCAGCGUUUUCCUACUUUGACAAAGAUAAGAGUGGAUACAUUACAGUGGAUGAGCUGCAGCAAGCUUGUGUAGACCACAACCUCGGAGAUGUACGCAUCGAUGAGAUGAUUCGCGAAGUAGAUCAAGACAACGACGGCCGCAUUGAUUACAAUGAGUUCGUGACGAUGAUGAGGAAAGGAAACGGAGGAAUUGGGCGACAUACAAUGCGGAACAGCCUGAGAGCUAGUCUUAGUGACGUAUUGAUGGAGGAAGUUCAACAAAGAAUGGUGAACACACAUGUGGACCCCAGGGCUGCAGGACAUAGAGACAACGUGAACGGCGGCAGAAAGUGAUAAACUUCGAGGUUCUAGAUGAUUCGAACUCUCCUCCCUGAGCUUGUAAGUGCUUUUAACGAGUUCAAUGAUCAUUAGCUGUAGAUAAGUCAGGAAUCUCUCAUCAUAGUACGGUUUUUACUCACUUAUGUUAUAAUAUAGAGAGCUUUUGCCACGUUUUCCAAGAGACAAAUUUACAAUACAAAUGUUUCAAUACACCUGUGUUAGAAAAGAAAAGAUUACUUCGUAUCUGAAGACUCCAGUUGAAACUCAGAAACCAUGACAGUGGAGCUACCGAACGCUUUUGUAUCAACCUUGAAUUUAAUGGGGAAACUGUUUUGUAUGAGUUUGGAUUCGCCCUCAUACCCAGUUGCAUGACAACAAACCCGUGGGUCAAUUCGUUUCUCUAACUAUAGUUCAU